AUGUUCAGACAGCUUGGGUGGGUCGCCAGAACCAGCCCCGUGCUACGGACCAACAGCAGUAGGUCGCCACAAUCGCAUAUUUUCAGAUCACUUCAUUUCACUAACUCAAAGCUUGCCCAGGGCAGUUUGUUUGGUGAAAUCACCAGGAAGGAACAGGAAGUGCCUCAGAAGAAAGAGGAACCGAGCGAAGGAGUCGACGGAACCGUCGCCCCUAAGGAUGAUACCAAAUUGCAAGAAUACUACCUCAAGGAGGCCAGAGAAACGCAGCUCAGGAGCGACAAGUUUGUGAGCCCGCUUAAGAGAAGACUCUAUGAGUUGAAUGUGGAGCAGAACGGGUUCUUCAAGAACGACACCGUUGUUCAGGACGGCGACAAAGCUUACAAGGUGAAGCUCACGGCCGAAGAGAUUGACAUUCUCGAACCCACCGUGUACAUUCAGUCCUACCGCAUCAAGUCGUCCAUGAAGAAGGCCACCGUGGUGAACCGUUUUGUGCGUGGCUACAACGUCAAAACCGCUAUAAACCAGUUGCAUUUCAACCCCAAGAAGAUGUCUACAGAGUUGGAGAAGUUGCUCAAGCGUGGACUUGAACAGGCCAAGGAGCAGGGCAUCAACGAAGACGAGGCCUUCAUCCAGGCGCUCUGGGUCGGCUCCGACGGUGACUGGAGAAAGAGACCUGACAUCAAAGGUCGUGGUAGAACCGGUAUCAUCCACCAUCCGCUGGUCCACCUCAAAGCCAUUCUCAAAGGCGGCCAGACCAAGCAGAGGCUUGCGUGGGAGAAGGAGCAGAAACAGUUGGCAGCCAAGCCAAGGCUGUUGUUGAACAACGAGCCACUCAACUUCAAGGUGCAAUCCUACUACCGGUGGUGA